AUGUCGGGAGCCCCUCCAACGACUGGGGCGCAGACGCAGAACUGGCAAGACCAGUAUGUUCGCACCCAGGAAUACACGUCAAUUCCGAGGCACCAUGGAAGUGGGCCAGGUCAAGGCAUCGGUCUAAGCUCUGCGUUAGGAUACUUCCUGGCCGCAAACGAAGAGGACAAUGACAAAGAGACCGUUGUGGUUGAUGCGAAGGUCUUCAACCCCAGCACCCAUCAGUUUACCGAAGGUGAUUUCAUUUGCCCCGGAUUUUUCAGCCUUGCCCAGCUUGAUGGUUUCACGCGCCGCUUCACGCACUCGCAAUGGAAAUACGAUAUGCGCCGCGAGCUACAGUUUGUUUUCCCAUUUCUCGCCUUGGGCCCAUCGUCUUGCCUACGUGAUCGAGACUCUCUUCGCGCUCAUGGAUUUACACUCCUCCUCGGAGUUCGGAAUACCCACUCGGCCAAUGCGCGUCUAGUCUCCGGCGACAAAGCUGCUGCAGAUCUCGGCAUCCAGGUUGAUACGAUCGAUGUUCUCGACAACCAAGAGCUGAUCUCCGCAUUCCCACACGCAAUUCGGCGCAUCAAUGACCACCUUGCGGGGGUAGAUCUGGAUCGGAACGGGACACAACACACCCAAAUCAACCCGUCUCAGAAACGGAAAGUCCUCGUAUUCUGUGAGUCGGGCAAUGAGCGUUCUGCUGGUGUAAUCAUCGCUUAUGUCAUGGCCAUGCUCAACGUGGAUACGGUACAUGCGGCACGGAUGGUCCAGCAGCACCGUUUCUGCGUCUCAAUUGAAGACCCGAUGAAGCGCAUUUUGCUUGCAUUUGAAUCUAUUCUGGCAGCCAAGCGUGAUGUCGAACAAGCCAAGCGGUCACACAGUCAAGCUAGUGCAGCAACACUUGCCCCUCCACCUGUACCUCCAGUCCUCCUGGCGAAGAAACGAAGCUUUGCGGAUCGCCAAUAUGAAGAGAUGGAGAUGGAUAACGGUGAAAUGGAUGUUGAUGACGACGUUGGCUCGCUUCUGGAGCGUAAACCGAUUGCGCCUUUUCAAGAUCGGGUGGCAUAG